AUGAAGAUGAUGGUUCAACCAGAGGGGAAAUACCCGUUGCACUUGGCUAUCGAAAUGCAUCGCCUGACGAUUGUACGAAGGAUGUUGGAGUUGGGAACAGACGUCACGGUAAAAGACAUGAGUGGCAACAAUGUCAUUCAUUACGCGUCCCUCGCCAGUGUUCAGAUGCUCGAGCUUCUAUGGGGAUUCAAAGAUUGUCAUAGCCUUAUCAAUCUGCCGAACAAUGAAGGUUAUGUCCCGGUUAUGUUAGCAAUUCGAGCAGCAAACCCUCGCUGUUUCGCCACUCUUCUCAACUUUGGUGCAGAAUUGAGCAUGAGAUUACAUGGACGUAAUCCACUUUUUGAAGCAAUGCAAAGUAAAGGAAAGAAUACCGACAUAAUCAGAGCGAUAGUCGAAACGUCUCCUGAUCUCGUCACCGAAAGAGACUCAUCCGGUAAUACGGCUGUUCAUGUUGCAAUGUACAAAACCUCUUUGAUGGGGUUUAUGCUUUUGAAGAGCAAAGAAAUCGAUUUGAAUGCCAAAAAUAAUGCUGGACAAACAGCUCUGCACAUCUACACCCAUAAAGUGAGGCAAAGCAUUUAA